AUGUUGGAACUUUUAGAUACUUUACACGACGUGUGGGACGUAAUAGAAAAAUUCAUUUUUUUGAGAGAGGUUGCCAUGGGAAUGAACGAAAUACGAUCAAAUAACAUGAAAGACUGUAUGGUUUAUGGCCAUCACUUAUCUCCGUACGAUAUUCAACAAACUGUUUUUGAUUCAACUGAUAAAACAAUAGUAUUUUAUGCAUAUUACAUUGAACCAGUGUGA